GUCCAACAAAAUUACCACCGCGAUAUAGCAAAGGAAAAUACCGCGUACACAUGUGAUAAAGCAUGAUGAUGUAUGCCUAUGUACAAUAGAGUUAUAAAGGUGCGCUGAUGAACAUUGUAGGCCUAUAAAGACGGAGUGGAAUUAUAUCUUGAGAACACACUGCAACUGACAAAACAGUAAACCGGACGAACUAUAUAGAUCAAGGUCCGAAUUAUGUGUGUCGUUCUGUGUGGUCAUUUCUCGUGUACACGGCAAUAAUCAAGAGAUGCUUUACGUCUAAAACUACAUUGUUUUUUUGUGACUCUAACAUAUUGCAACCCGCGAUUAAUGAUAAUUGACGGCGAUAAAGAUUACGUGGGAUUGGAGUCUGCAUACCUUAUCAAAAAUCACAGAUGAACGUUUCGCAACGCCACAAGUUAUAUCAUUUCCUGAUAACAACGACAGGACGAUACUAGUAUUAUUUGGCUGGAUCAGCUACAGUGACUCUACACAGCUAUGGAGGGCAGUUUAGGAGAUCAGAUUCGCCAAAUCUGCGUGAUUAUCCUCGUGGUGCUCUUCGGAUCAGGAUCAUGGUUGGCCAUCAAUGGCCUUUGGGUAGAAAUGCCUGUCAUGGUAGCCCUUGGAAUCCCCGAGGGGUACAACCUUGCCUCCUAUCUGGUCAUCAUUAUUCAGUUAGCUAACAUCGGACCUCUCGCCUUCACGGCCAUCAGCUACUUCGUGAAGGGAAACAAGUUGGAAGUUCCUACAAUCUACCUGACCUUGUCCGCAGGAGUACUAGCGUGUCUGCUUCUUGUCUUCUUCUGGGAUGCGACGACUAUCUGGGGAGUGUUUGGAGAGCCUCGAAGUACUGCUCUGAUAUGCCUAUCUUUUAUCCUGGCUCUCGCCAACUGCACAUCCUCAGUGACCUUCAUUCCUUUCAUGGUCAAACUGAAGAGCUCGUACAUGACGUGGUUCUUCGUUGGUCAGGGAUUCAGUGCCUUGGCGCCGAGUUUGGUUGCCCUUGGUCAGGGCGUUGGUCAGCAGGUGUGCAUCGCUAAUUACACCUUCACUCAUCAGUCAACGGGGGAGAACUGCACAUCGUGGACAUCACAGACACAACCAGCUAAAUUCUCACCAGAGACCUUCUUUUCGUUCCUCUCUGCGUUUAUGUUCCUGUCCUUUACAGCGUUCCUGUUCCUGCACACUCUUCCGUCCUCCAAGAAGGAGUAUGCUCAGCAAGAUGUUGAAACAAAAUCAUCACCUGAAAAAUACACGGAAUCAAAAUACGGAGCGACUGAGAUCAACGAAGAGGAUAAACAGAAUAGUUCAGAGAAGAUUGAAGAAGAACCCUCUCCCCAAAGGCAAAGCCAUUCCAAGGGAGAAUACGCCAUUUUAUUUGUCAUCCUUGCCAUUGCCAAUGCGUUAAGCAACAGUGUCCUUCCGUCUAUCCAGAGCUUCUCCUGCGGUGCCUAUGGCUUCAACGCCUAUCUCCUGGCAGCCACACUGUGUCAGGUGGCCAAUCCUGUUGCCUGCUUCAUCGUCUUGUUCUUUCCUCACACGAGCCUGGUCUUGGUCGCAGGGACAUGUCUUCUAGGGUUGCUGACAGGAGGGUACUGCAUGGCCACAGCCUUACUCAGUCCCACCCCACCUCUGCAGGAGGAGGUAUCUGGAAUCGUUCUUGUGGUGAUAGCUUGGAUACUGGCAGGCGGUCUCUUCGCCCAUGUGAAGGCGACCAUCGGUUUGAUUCUCCGCAACGAGCCCGACAACCACCGGCUGCUGACAUGGUACGGCGUCGUCACACAGUUCGGAUCGAUGGCCGGCGCCCUCAUCAUCUUCCCCUUCGUGAACGUUCUCUCCGUGUUCGUGCCGUACUACAGCGACCCGUGCGAAGGGUAUCCUGUCUGCGAGUAGUCCAUUGGUCAACUUGAAGUUCGUCCCAGUUUGUUCUGACUUUAAGGAACAGCUAUUGUCAGCAAGGCCUUUUUGCAGAAGAGGCGUCAUUUUGCUGGCAGAGGACUACGUCGGCGACUGGCUCGAUCAUUAAGGACUUUUGGAUUUGCACGUUGACAUAGUGAACUGCUACGUGAGACAUCUUUUAAGGCAAUGUGACGCCCUUUCAAGGCACCGGCAGUGCCUUAAAAGGAUGUCACACGUGGCAGUCCACUAUGUCGGCGCGCAAAUCUAAAGGUCCCCAAUGACGUGCCAUGUGAGAGCGUCAUCAUAACCAAAGAGAAUGCAAGAUGAACAGUUCAAAAAUUGUGCUGGAAUACUGGAUAUGGCCCUUUUGUCUUCAUGGGCUCGAUCAGCGCAGAUAAUACACAUUCGAAAUAAGGAUAAAGCAUCAAUUUUAAAACUAAAUAGAUAUGCUAGACUUUCUAUUUUUGUGAGAUGUUGUGAAUCAUGGCGAUUAACCACUUAACUCUCUCUGGCUGCGUUAUUUGCUUUAUUUGUAUGAGUAUCUUUACCAAACAUGAUAAAGUCAGGUGUACAGUGAAGUAUGAUAGGAUGAUAAAAGAUGUGACUUUAAUCUAAUCUCAAAUAGACGGGACAUCACGAACAUCGGUAAAGGGAUUAUUCCAGAGUUUUGGGUGAGAUUGAAAAGAAGGCGGGAUCACCAUGUCGAGUGCAGGUGUGGGUUCCUGGUGCUAGGUCAAGGUGUGCGUGAGAUGUGGAUCCUGUAAAUUCUUGACUUUUGUGCGCAUUUGCUGUCAUUAUAGGCAGAUUAUGUGUGAUAUACAAAUCUUAAGUCUACAAUUGGUGUAAACAGCCAUUAAACUGUAAAAGGGGCAGGUUGCACUUUUGUGCGUUUUCUUAAUUUGAGCACGGUUCGGUGUCUUACUUCUAACGAAUUGAUUCGAUAGCCUAAAACAGCCAUGCAUACUUUUUACCAUUUACAAAUUAGACUAAUUUCUUUGGCUGAACAAAUUUGUUGUCCUUGUAUGUAUAUAGAUCUACAGUCGUAAAGACCUAAGAUAGCGAAAGAUUUUUACCAAAGUUCGACUGUUUAUAUGACUGUGUACAUGUAAACAUUUAUCGAUAGCUAAAUAAUAUAAGUACACUUUUGUGUGAACGUCAAUAGAGACAUACAUGGGCAUUAUUGCAUUAUCAUGAGCAUUAUUAAGGCUGGUCAACGUAAACGAAGUUGAUGUAUGAAUUAUUGUUCAUUAAAAUAACAUAUGAUUUCCAAA